UAUAUCCCGAGUCCAUGAGUUCCCGUAGCCAUUUUGGUUCAAGUUUGGGUUCAAGCCACCUCGAAUCAAGCUAUACAUUGAACAUCUUGGCGGUUCAGGGCUUGCUGUUGGCAGCCCAAUGCAUGGGCUUAUCCACGUCGUUCUCAAGGAUUUUGUUGUAAGCCGAUGCGGCGAGGACGCCUGGAGGUCAGUCCUACAGGAUCUGCAACUCACGGACGACGCUGCGAUUCUCGAUCUCAAGCAGUAUGACGACGCCACAUCUGUGGCCGCGGUAAACGCUGUGGUCAAGGUGCUCGCGAUCACAUGGGACGACGCUUUGAAAGCAUUCGGUGCCCACUUCAUCGCGUACAUCCAUGCUGGAGGCCAUCUGCGCAUGCUGGAGAGCAUGGGGGACAGCAUUCAGGAGUUUAUGCAAAACAUGGACCACCUGCACAGCCACUUGGAACGCAAGAUCCGAGGCUCGAGGUUCCCCUCCUUCCACGUCAGCGACGAGGAAGAGGACGGUUUUCGGCUCUCCUACGCGUCCGCCCGCGGCGCUGCCCUCGUCGCCUUGGUGGAAGGAAAACUGCAAGCGGCGGCCAAGCUCCUCCACCGGCAAGCCAUCAGCAUGCAGCUCGACGCCGAGCCUCUUCCCGGAUUCUCAGCCACGUGGCGCGUCAAGGUUGGCAGACUGAACAGCGCGGCAGGGGAGCCGCCGGUUGUUGCCGACCGGCGUGGCGCUCUGGUUCGAGGGGCCGCCUGGCACCACGCCCUCGUGAGUUGCUUCAACUUCAGCUGCUGCGCGGAGCCCGCGGGAGGCCCCACUGGUGCCGAGGUUGUACACGAAGCCAGCUGCACAGAUCUAUUCCCCGACUGCUCGCCCUGCUCAGCUGCCUCCCGCGCGUCAAUUUCCCAGCUGGACGAGCUAGAGUGCAAGGCCAAGGGCUUGUCGCAGCCUGCGGACUUGCUGAUGAGGGCAGUUUCCUCCGUACGUGUGAGCGCCAGGUGGGAGGAUGCCGGCUGCCUGGCGCACACGGAGGAGUUUUGGCGCACAAGCGACGGGGACAUUUGUCAUUUCCAGUUGGCAUCACCAGCUCAACGUGCCACGCGCUUCGUAUCACAUUCUUGGUUCGAGCCCGCGAACUGGCAGGAUGUCAUGGGCUCCAAGUGUAGUUAUGCCGCCAUGAAGUCUACAGAGCUGCAGUUGGCUGCCACAGAGAUCGCAGCGGACUCAGGCUGCAAUCUCGAAAACGUAACCUUUUGGAUCGAUAAGUGCUGCAUCCCCCAGCAGCACUCGCUCAAGGAUCUCUGCAUCUCAAUGAUCGAGGAGUUUCUGGACCGCUGCGACGGGAUGGUCGUGCUCCUUACCUGGGAGUACUUCCAGCGACUGUGGUGCGUGUACGAGUGGGCUGCGUUCCUUGUGCGCCACCCUCUAGAGAACCUCACGAUCUGCAUGGAGACAUUCCUGCGCCCGAGCUCCCGCCAGCUGCACAUCGAAGCCAUCAGGAACCUGGCAAUUGACAACUGCAAGUGCUCCCGCGAGCUCGACCGCACGCUGCUCAAGCAGAAGGUUGCGCAGUACUACACCUCCGAGGCCAAUUUCGAGACGCUGGCGCGGUGCAGUGCCAUCGCGCUGAUCGUCCGGGCACUGUGCAGAAGCGCAUCUCGCAGCAUGCACACUUGGGAGGAAGAGGUGGUGCCAUUUCUCAACCUGGCGAGGGACUUAGGCUUGGUCGACCUGGCUGAAGCCCUUGAGUCCGCGGACCCGUGGCGGUGGCGGAUGACCUCCCAGAAAAUCGCCUGCAGUGACGUAAGCGUGUCCAAUACACGAGGUAGUAUCACCGAGGUCAAGGAAUGGCAGCCCCUCUUCAACUACUCAAUUGACUGCUGGUUCGAUGAUCGGGUCGCCGCCGUUCUGCAGCGCACCAAAAGGGCAGCCGUUCGGCCGGACUUCGCAGACAGUUCUGAUAUUCACGGAAGCUUGAGUGAAGUACGCAAAUGGCAUACGCGUAAAUCCACCGGAUCGAAAUCAUGUGCGAUGCUGGUCGGGGAUUGUGACCCCCAGGUGUCGUGACGAGGUUGUAGUCGGUACAUUUGGCGACCCGCCUGAUGCAUGCGCGCGAUAUAAGCAUACGGCGACCCGCCUGAUGCAUGCGCGCGAUAUAAGCAUACGCGCACGCUCCGCUUAAUGAAACUCAUUUUUUUCGGUCUGGCCAAGAUGCAUCAUAUAGUACGUUAGCUCAUUGCUGUGGCCGUGCUCAUUCUAGCUGUUCGCGUACGCAAGAUAUCCCGAGUCCAUGAGUUAGUUAUUCGCGAGGACAUAUCUUCCGAAAACCAGUGAGCGUUUUAUGGCACUGGUUUGUCCCCGUACUGUUGGAGCAAUACGCCCCACGUAUGCAAGCGCUUCUGCGAGUGACUUGGCGGGGCUCGCCAUGCUCCUCCUGUGCAAGACCCGUCAGCAAACCACCACAUUGUAGUAUUUAAAGGUUGAAAGUGGCCUCUGUACUUGUAUAUAUGACUAGGUCUCCGUACGCGUAGUGCUUAAUAAGGGAAAUGGCUUGAAAAAGGUUAUCUAACGUCUCUAGCUUCAGCGCAUCUGUCUGCGUUCUCAAUUACACUGUAGUUGGAUGCCCCACGGAUGUAAAGCAAUGCGCGCACGGCUAAUCUGUCGACAGCUUGCCGAUCGCUGACGCGAGGUGCUCACCGACCUUUUCACACUGUCCCUGCCCUCUUUCAGGGCACGCGUACGAAUGCACAGAAGCUACAGUGGCAGGCGCGGGUACGUGAGCAGACGUACGCGUUCAUGCCCGACAGAGGCCCGUGUGGGAAGGGGCGUCCAGUGUAAGUUUGCCAGCAGAUUCGUUUGAUGGCAGCAUGCAUGCAGGGCGCACUGGGCAGUGAUAUAGCGAGGUACGGCGG